AUGUUGAUAAAAAUGCCUAGUAUAAGUGGAAUUUGGUCAUUAUUUAGUGUUAGUGAGAGACGUAAUAUAAUCUUAUAUAUAAUUGGUAUAAUGUUUUAUAAAUUUGGUCUUGAAGCUUAUAAUGGUUCAAUAAUAACAUUAGCAACAAAUCGUUAUGAUCAAGAUGCAUUUACAAAUAAUAAACUAUCAAAUACUUUUGAAAGAGUUGGAUUAUUAUCUGGUUUAAAUCAAGCAUCACAAUGUAUUGGAUCAAUAUUAAUUGCUCCAUUAAUAAAACGUUGGCCAACUCGAACUAUUUUAUCCGUAUCAAUAUUUAUAUUUGGAAUCUUUACAGCUAUUCUUAUGGUUAUUGAUUCAAUAACUGGUGGAUAUAUAAAACCAAGUGAUUUUAAACCAUUAAAUAAAAAUGAUUUUAGUUAUUAUGGAAAAUAUUUUACUGAUGGAAUUAUUCCAAUUUAUUGUAUGACUGGUGUAACAUAUGGAAUGGUUGAAUUAAUUCGACGAGUUAUUCCAAGAGAUAUUGUAGGUGGUGAUAUUGAAAAAUUACAACGAAUGGAUGCAUUAGUUCAUAUAUUUUAUGAAAUAUCAGGUACAAGUGGAGCAUUUGCAGCUGGUCUUGGUUUAAUUCCUCGUUUUGGAAAUAAUUAUGCAUUUAUAAUAACACCAAUAUUUUUUACAAUAGCAUCAAUUAUUUGGUUAUUUUUAAAUACAACUAAAUUUGAUGAAACACAAAGUCAAGAUGAUACGAUUUUAAGUAAUGAUGAAAAAGAAAAGAAAAAUUAUAUUAAAUCUGUUUUUAAUGGAUUUGCAUCAUUUGGUCAAUCUGUUUAUGUUGGUGGAAAAAUUGUUUUUACUCAUAGACAAUUUAUUUGGUUAUUUUUUGGUUAUUCAAUUGCACUUUAUGCUCAUCGUUAUCUUGAAAAUGGUAUUGCACCACAAAUUGCACGAAGAUAUCUUGAUAAUUCGGAAUGGUCACAAAUUAUAGUUGGUGGAUCAAAUUUUGGUGAAUUACUUGGAGCGUUUUUUGUUUUUCUAUUUACUAAUUGUAUAAGAACUCCAUUACCAUGGUUACGUAUUGAUGCAUUAAUGUUACUUAUAAUAUGGUAUAUACCUUAUUAUUAUCCACCUGCAGGAGAAGUUAAAUAUGCAUGGUUUAUUGCAUUAUCAUUUAUUCCAAUAUCAUUUGGAUGGGCGGCAGGAGAUGUUUCACUUAUUGCUUAUAUUCAAUCAUCAUUAACACAUUUAGAAACAAAACAUAAAAAUGUUUCUGUAUUAGGAUCUGUUAUGGCUUUUCUUUAUUCAUCAUAUAUUAUUAUGUAUGCUAUUUUAAAUCCAAUACUGGGAAAAUAUAUUGAUUAUGUUUAUAAUUCAACUGGAAGUGUUAGACCAGCACUUUUCUAUACUGCAGCUAUUCAAUUAACAGCUAUUUUAAUUGUAGUCUUUUUAUCAACAUUUAUUCCGAAAGGUUCUUUUGCUUUAAAUCCAAUUUUACUCGAUGAAGAUAAUUCAAAUAAUAAUAGUCAACAAUCAAAUGAAAUUAAUGAAAAAAAUAUUAAUGAAAAAACAAAUACUGAUAAUAAUCAUUCAUUAGAAACAAUAACACAUUUUUAA